ACUCCGCCAACCCGGCGCACCGCUCUGUUCUCCGGCUGACAAAUGGUGCGCACCCAGUGCUGCUCGUUGCUCAUCACGCUUCCAAUAUGGCGGUGAAUCUCACAGACCUCUCCCUUCCUCAGUUGGAAGGAUUAAAAGGCCAACUAGACCAGGAGGUUGAGUUCUUGACGUCUUCCAUAAGUCAGCUGAAAAUUGCCCAGAACAAGUUUGUUGAAGCAAAAGACAGCUUAAGUGUCCUGAACCCAAACAAUAAGGGAAAAGAGUUGCUUGUGCCUCUCACCAGUUCUAUGUACGUUCCUGGAACGUUAAAUGAUGUGGAACAUGUGUUAGUGGAUGUGGGGACUGGAUAUUAUGUUGAAAAGAAUGUGGAGAACUCAAAGGCAUUCUUCAAGCGUAAAAUAGACUUCCUCACAAAGCAGAUAGAGAAAAUUCAGCCAGCUCUUCAAGAGAAACACGCUAUGAAACAAGCGGUCAUUGAAGUAAUGAAUCUGAAGAUCCAGCAAUUACAACAGAGUCAACAGGCAUCACAGAUGGUUGGAAACAAAGGCCUGAUGGGAACAACUGUUUGAGCUAUUCAGGAUUAGAGAGCUUUUUUUAAGUUUGCCUUCACAAGAUGAUGCAAAAUGCAGAAAUCAUGUUUGAAGUGUAGGUUGGCGGGUACAUGGACGACUCCCUGUGUACUUGCAGAAAUUUAAAUAAAAAUUUGUUGUCAACUUUAGUCAUUAAAGCUAGUUAAGUUUGGGUUUAAAAAAUCCUGUGUCAUUAUUUGUCGCUAGAUCUGUCAAUCAUACAUACUUUCAUCCUAAUAGGUAAGGCUUGAGACUUUUCUUGAUUAUUUCUCCAUUCCACUUGGCAUAUAUUGCAAAACCCUGCAUAUUGUCAAAAGGUGUACAAGUUUAUCUAGACUGGAUGUUUGGUGACUUAUCUUUAGACUUGAAGGACAAAACUGCAGUGUAAUAAUUUUAGCUGGGAUUCUGUAUAGUUUUGUUGACAGCAAAGAUUUUUAAUUAAAGGAAAAGUAAAUUAACAUAAUG